AUUCAAAACAAUAUAACUAACAUUCUCAAUUGGAAAGAAAAUUAAAGGAAAAAAAAAGUGAAAAUUAAGAUUACUUUGUUUUUUCUUGUUGAUUUUUCUCUCUGUUUCCAUGAUUCCGAUUAAGAAUUUCUUUGCAGCACCCUCGUGUUUUCUUCCACCGGAGAUGAUCUUCACGGUUGAGUCGAAAAAUUCGGAGGAGGAGUUUGUUUAUCAGUAACUUUGAUUUGAAUUUUACGAUAUCAAUUUUGUGGUUUUUUUCUUUCUUUUUUUCUUUCUUCGAAAUGGAGUCCGUCAAUUUCUACGAUAUAAGAACAGAGAAAGCGAACGCGAUUCUUAAGUAUCGACAGUUUAGGAAAAUCGCUAAUCUGUUUCGAUUCAUCGAAUUGUGUUUGAUUCUCAUCGUGAUCUCGAGAUUUUCCAGUCAUUUGCCGACUGCUUUGAAAAAUUCUACCGAGUAUUUCCGAUGCUUGUCCGUGACAUUAAUCAGUCCUCGUUUCGUGUUUUUGAUCGGAAACGCUAUAGUCAUCACUCUUUUCGCUAAGUCUGGACAGUUCUCUGCCAAGGAUCCGAGCAAGAAGAGUUUAGUUGCGGAUCUUUACGAGGAGUUCAUAAAAAACAGCGAGAAGAAUAAUCAGAAAUCUCCACGCACUGAAAUCAAGCAUAUCGACGAAAGCCGCAGAAAAGCUUCGAUAUCUGUCGAGAAGAUCGUGAAUAAUCCUAAGGAAACAAGGCGAUAUGAGAGGAGUAAAUCGGAGAGAAUGGAGGUUGUACCGCGGGAGAAGGUGGAUCGUGAAAUGCAGCGAUCGGAGACGGAGAAAUGCAAGAAAAUGGUGGAAUUGAAGGAAGGAAGAAGAAAUAGGUCGUAUCUGGAAGAUGGAAUGAGCAACGAAGAGUUCCGGCAGACGGUGGAGGCGUUCAUAGCGCGGCAGCAGAGGUUGCAAAGGGAGGAAGAGUUGAGUGAAUUUUAGGAAAACUAUGUAAAUCAAAAAGCUCUAAGUUGUGGUAAAUCCGCCAAGAAAAUUAGGGCUACGGGUUGAAGAAGAUGAAAAAAGUUGUAACAACUUUUAAUGUAUGUAAUGUAUACAGUUUUAUUUUCAAAAACAUAUAUUUGGAUGAAAGUUAUAUAAAAACACAUUCAAACCACUUUUUAUUUUUUA